AUGGAAUAUUCAUACGAUCAAUUGAGUCAUUUACCGGAUGAAAUUCUUAUGAUUAUUUUUAAAAAAUUGCACAAUAUCUCACUAUUUUACUCGUUAAUUGGUGUUAACAGACGAUUAAAUAAAAUAAUACAUGAUUCUAUUUUUACCAAUCGUUUGACUUUUCUAAGAUUUCUGCCAGUUCCUUUGACUGAGUUCAACGAUUUACCAAACUAUUUAGCUUAUUCAUUACCUGAUCCAAUAGUUAAUCGAUUUUGUUUUCAAAUCUUACCUAAAAUUCAUAAUAAAAUCGAAUGGCUUAAUGUUGAACCAUUUUCAAUGAAACGUAUUUUUCUUGCUACAAAUUAUCCCAAUUUAUCUGGACUUGGUUUAUACAAUAUCCAAGUUGAACAGGCUAUGCAUCUUUUUUCUGAUGAAACUCUUUUCAGUUGUACCUUGAAAAAUCAAAUUUUAUCACUUGUUAUCCAUACGAAUUCAAAUGGAAACCAAAUAUCAAGACAAACUAACAAUGUACUUUUAUUUAUCCAUAUCUUUACUACAUUCACUAAUUUACGAGUAUUAAACUUUGAUACAUCUGAAAAUAUGUUUGAAUGUUUAUCCUUCUUUGAAUUAUCCAUAACUGUUAUCUCUUCAACUCUCUUAGAAUUACAUGUUUAUUUAAAGAAUUUUAAUGAUUGUCUUUAUUUACUUGAUGGACGUUUCAAUCAGCUUCGUGUACUUCAUGUUAAUAUUGAUUGUAUUAUCAUUUCGAAUUUAACAAUCAAUAAUAAGGAAAAAUUACCUAAUUUAAAAUCCUUUUCCCUAUAUUGUAAUCGCAGUACAAAAUUUUAUGACGAAUCAAUUUUACCACUUUUACAUCGAAUGUUAAAUUUAGAAAAUCUCCAUUUGUCUGUUAAAGUUUAUGGCAAUAAAACAUUUCAUAAUGGUAAUGAUUUGAAAAUAAAUAUUAUCAAUCAUAUGCCACUAUUAAAUAAAUUUACAUUUAAUAUUUGUUCAUUGAGUUCCUUUUAUAGUAAAACUAAUUUACCAUCAAAUGAAGAUAUUCAAAAGACAUUUAAAGAUUUUAAAGAUAAUCAAAUUAUUUCUUGUAUUGAUUAUUUUCAAAAACGUAAACUUAGUCGAUGCCAUAUUUAUUCAUAUCCAUAUCAAUUAAAAUAUUAUGAUAAUAUAACAAAUAAUUUUUCUGGUGAAUUAUGUAAGUGUGUUCGUGAAGUUAGAUUAUAUGAUGAACAUCCUUUCGAACAUGAAUUUUUUCUUCGAAUUGCUCAAUCAUUUCCAUUAUUAGAAAAAUUAACUGUUAUUAAUCAACAACGACAAAAUAAUAAACGAUUUAGAAAAUCAAAAAAUGAAAAUGAAGAUUUAUUAAUUGUUAAAUAUCCACAUCUUAUUCAACUUAAUCUUAGUGAAGCUCACAAAGAUUAUCAUGAACAAUUUUUAUUCGAUACUAAAACAUGUUUACUAAAUGAUGUUCGUAUUCGUAUCGACUAUCGAUUAGUAAAAAAAGUGACACGUAAUUUCAGAAGAAAUACAACUCGAAGUAAUUGCGCGAAAUUAAGUUAUAUAGUGUUUCGUAACAAAUUAAAAUUUCCUGAACAUUUAAAAGACUAUUUUCCUCAUGCACAUAUAUACUAA